AAACAGAGUCGUGCCCAGAGUGCCAUGGAGCUCUUGCAGGAAUUGAAUAGUGAUGUUUCUGGAAACUUUGUUGAAGAGAGUCCAGAAAAGCUUUUAGACAGCGACCCUUCCUUUUUUAAUCGGUUUAACUUAGUGGUUGCAACACAACUGCCAGAAAGUACAUUGUUGCGCUUGGCUGAAGUUCUGUGGAAUUCCAACAUUCCUCUGCUAGUCUGCAGGACCUAUGGACUGGUUGGUUACAUGAGAGUUGUGAUUAAAGAACAUACAGUUGUUGAAUCUCACCCUGACAAUAUGUUAGAAGAUUUGAGACUGGACAGACCAUUUCCAGAACUGACAGAACACGUUCAGGAUUACGACUUGGAGCAUAUGGACAAAAAGGACCACAGCCACACUCCAUGGAUUGUGAUUGUAGCCAAGUAUCUCACAAAAUGGUUCAAUGAGAAAAGUGAACAGUUGCCUAAGAAUUACAAAGAGAAGGAAGCCUUCAAAGAACUGAUUCGGCAAGGUAUCUUAAAGAAUGAAAAUGGCACCCCAGAAGAUGAGGAAAACUUCGAGGAAGCUAUAAAAAAUGUGAAUACAGCAUUAAAUCGUACAGAGAUUCCAAGAGGCAUUGAAGAGCUUUUUAAUGAUGAUUGCUGCCUAAAACUAACGGAGCAGUCAUCUUCUUUCUGGAUUUUGGUUCGAGCUUUAAAGGAAUUUGUGGCAAAUGAAGGGCAAGGAAGCUUGCCUGUCCGGGGCACCAUUCCUGAUAUGAUGGCAGACUCCAGUAAAUUCAUCAAAUUGCAAAAUGUGUACCGUGAAAAAGCAAAGAAGGAUACUGCUGCUGUGGGGAGCCAUGCUGCUAAAUUGUUACAGUCCCUGGGCAAGGCACCUGAGUCUAUUUCAGAGAGAGAACUGAAAUUGUUCUGCAGCAACGCCGCCUUCCUGCGCGUGGUGCGCUGCCGCUCGCUGGCUGAGGAGCACAGCCCCAACUCCUGCAGCAGGGAUGCAAUCAUUUCCCAUAUGGAUAACCCCGACAGUGAAAUAGUGCUGUACUUGAUGCUGAGGGCUGUCAAUAGGUUUUACAAGCAACAUGGCAGAUACCCAGGUGUCUAUAACUACCAGGUGGAAGAUGAUAUUGGAAAGCUAAAAUCAUGCCUUACUGGUUUCCUCCAAGAACAUGGGCUGUCCGUAGUGGUGAAAGAUGACUAUGUGCAGGAGUUUUGUCGCUACGGAGCUGCGGAGCCUCACGCUGUUGCUGCCUUCAUGGGAGGAGCUGCUGCACAGGAAGUUAUCAAAGUCAUUACAGGGCAGUUUGUAAUUUUUAAUAAUACCUUUAUUUACAGUGGAAUGUCACAGACUUCAGCAACUUUCCAGCUGUAGGAUAAGCUCUUGACUUCAAUGCCUCCAGACACUGCUGCUGUAUUUACAGUCUUUACAGUAUUUACAGUUCUGUAAAUACUGUGAUGUUCUACCACUGACUGGACUGUUCUGUUCUGUAUUACCUGCCAAUUAAAGUUUCUUUAUUU